GGUGAACCUGAAUUGUCUCUGUCUGUAUUUAAAGCCUAACAUGUAGAGAAUGUUCAAUCAAAUGUAUUUAUAAAGCCCUUCUUACAUCAGCUGAUAUAUCAAAGUGCUGUACAGAAACACAGCCUAAAUCCCCAAACCACAGGCAAUGCAGGUUUAGAAGCACGGUGGCUAGGAAAAACUCCCUAGAAAGGCCAGAACCUAGGAAGAAACCUAGAGAGGAACCAGGCUAUGAGGGGUGGCCAGUCCUCUUCUGGCUGUGUUAAUGUAAUAUAGAGAGGAAAGCCCUGUUAUAGACCUGGUUUUGGUUUGAGUUCCGUUAAACCCAUUGUGGAGAACAUAGAAGUUCUAAUCAUUGUGUUUCUAUGGUGGAGUAUACGACAAUACAGGAGGUCCAGUGUGCUGGAGUAAACGACAAUACAGGAGGUCCAGUGUGCUGGAGUAAACGACAAUACAGGAGGUCCAGUGUGCUGGAGUAAACGACAAUACAGGAGGUCCAGUGUGCUGGAGUAAAUGACAAUACAGGAGGUCCAGUGUGCUGGAGUAUAUGACAAUACAGGAGGUCCAGUGUGCUGGAGUAUACGACAAUACAGGAGGUCCAGUGUGCUGGAGUAUACGACAAUACAGGAGGUCCAGUGUGCUGAAGUAUACGACAAUACAGGAGGUCCAGUGUGCUGGAGUAUACGACAAUACAGGAGGUCCAGUGUGCUGGAGUAUACGACAAUACAGGAGGUCCAGUGUGCUGGAGUAUACGACAAUACAGGAGGUCCAGUGUGCUGGAGUAUACGACAAUACAGGAGGUCCAGUGUGCUGGAGUAUACGACAAUACAGGAGGUCCAGUGUGCUGGAGUAUACGACAAUACAGGAGGUCCAGUGUGCUGGAGUAUACGACAAUACAGGAGGUCCAGUGUGCUGGAGUAUACGACAAUACAGGAGGUCCAGUGUGCUGGAGUAUACGACAAUACAGGAGGUCCAGUGUGCUGGAGUAUACGACAAUACAGGAGGUCCAGUGUGCUGGAGUAUACGACAAUACAGGAGGUCCAGUGUGCUGGAGUAUACGACAAUACAGGAGGUCCAGUGUGCUGGAGUAUACGACAAUACAGGAGGUCCAGUGUGCUGGAGUAUACGACAAUACAGGAGGUCCAGUGUGCUGGAGUAUACGACAAUACAGGAGGUCCAGUGUGCUGGAGUAUACGACAAUACAGGAGGUCCAGUGUGCUGGAGUAUACGACAAUACAGGAGGUCCAGUGUGCUGGAGUAUACGACAAUACAGGAGGUCCAGUGUGCUGGAGUAUACGACAAUACAGGAGGUCCAGUGUGCUGGAGUAUACGACAAUACAGGAGGUCCAGUGUGCUGGAGUAUACGACAAUACAGGAGGUCCAGUGUGCUGGAGUAUACGACAAUACAGGAGGUCCAGUGUGCUGGAGUAUACGACAAUACAGGAGGUCCAGUGUGCUGGAGUAUACGACAAUACAGGAGGUCCAGUGUGCUGGAGUAUACGACAAUACAGGAGGUCCAGUGUGCUGGAGUAUACGACAAUACAGGAGGUCCAGUGUGCUGGAGUAUACGACAAUACAGGAGGUCCAGUGUGCUGGAGUAUACGACAAUACAGGAGGUCCAGUGUGCUGGAGUAUACGACAAUACAGGAGGUCCAGUGUGCUGGAGUAUACGACAAUACAGGAGGUCCAGUGUGCUGGAGUAUACGACAAUACAGGAGGUCCAGUGUGCUGGAGUAUACGACAAUACAGGAGGUCCAGUGUGCUGGAGUAUACGACAAUACAGGAGGUCCAGUGUGCUGGAGUAUACGACAAUACAGGAGGUCCAGUGUGCUGGAGUAUACGACAAUACAGGAGGUCCAGUGUGCUGGAGUAUACGACAAUACAGGAGGUCCAGUGUGCUGGAGUAUACGACAAUACAGGAGGUCCAGUGUGCUGGAGUAUACGACAAUACAGGAGGUCCAGUGUGCUGGAGUAUACGACAAUACAGGAGGUCCAGUGUGCUGGAGUAUACGACAAUACAGGAGGUCCAGUGUGCUGGAGUAUACGACAAUACAGGAGGUCCAGUGUGCUGGAGUUUCUUAUUCUAAUCGUUUCCUCUGUUAUUAGCCAGUCAAUGGGAGACUGUUAAAUAGCUGGGUGAGAGAGAACCCUGGUUUCACCACUGAAACAUGAGACCCCAACCCCGUCUCACCCACAGAGUGAUUAUUGUGUGUUUUUAUUAAGACUGGGAAUUGCCAGGGACCUCACCAUACGUUAUCAUCACCAUACUUAGGUGCUGAUACGAUAUGUAUUUCAAUUCUCAAGAUUCUAUAUAAAUUGCGAUUCGAUAAUGAGAUUUUAUUGGGAUUCGAUGUUCUAAACAUAUUGCUCAACAUAUGUCUGCUGCAGAGAGACGAGGGCCAACGACUUCUGAUCAGUCAGGAAAAUAAAAGUGCUGAGAACAUGUUGGCUCCCUAUUAGUUUGUUUUUUAAGAUGGAGAACAAGCUGCAGGUACAGCCAACUAGCGCAAAAAUGAUAUUGCAGCAUUGUCAAAACGAUACAAUUUAUCAUAAAUGUAUAUCCUGAUAUGUAACUAUUGAUUUUUCUUAGUUGUUUAUUGUGUUCGUCCCACCCAAUCAUUAGGGUCUGGAUCAGCUACCCAUUCA